AUGAAAGACGCACCCUCCUUCCUCGAUGCACUGCUUUCAGCCAAAAAGCUGCAGGCCACCGAGCUCUUCGGUCCGUGGGACAUGGACGGGAAUGGGCGCAUCGCCAUCGAGCAGCUCCGGCCGCUUCUCCGUAGCGUGUUUCCAUCCCUUUCGAGCUUAUCACAGCAUGGCUCUCCCACCACCGUCGAUCAUCUGUCGGUCCCGCGGGUGAAGAGGGCGUACGAGAGCGUGACGGGGCGACCGUGGGCGCCUCCCCCACCGCGCUCGACGGCGCCCGCUUCAGCGAAACAAAGUCAUCCUUGCUUGGACCCGAUGGGCCUGGGACCCACGCUCAACGAGGUGCACGCCAUCAUUGACGUCUUGUGCGGCGGCGAGACGCAGGCGGAAGUGGCAUCGACGGUAGACAGCCGUGACCGUGAAGAGGACGCAUCGACGUGGCUUGUUGCGGCUCGCAAACGACCUUCAUCGAACACGGCACCUUUCACGCUCCCGACUGACGCCACCGGGAGCAGCACCGUUGCCAUGGGGCCCGUGCAUCACCCCUCCCUCGCGAAUGACGCGCGGGUUGCCUUCCUGUAUGGCUCCAUGGAAGGGAUCUACCGUGCCCUCUGCCUCGCUGCCGUCUCACCGGGCGAGCCGGCGCCCGACACGCUUCCGAUUGAUGCAGCACACCUGGGGCGCAUCGCGUGGAACGUUCAUGCGCAACGGCUCAAGCUAUGGGAGGGACGCGCGCUGCACCAGCUUCUGGCUGCGAAGGCAACCACCGCAGAGGCAGAUGCCCACCUCUCUCUGGAGGCGUUUGUAGACCUCUUGUACGCCAUGUAA